AAGCAGCCUGCUAUUUUGUUAAUUGAAUUCCAGAUUCCAGAAUCAUGGCAAGUCAUCAAUUAGUCAUUUUUGUUCUAAUAGUUACCAUAUGUCUUGUUGUACCAUCCUCCUUGUUAGUAAUCUGUAUAGCAUUUCGUUUUCGCGUGGCUGGCAUUCACCGCCAGCAUUCAGAGAGUGGCGGUGAAUCAGCCGUGGAGGCUGGGGCCAGCCACGCGAUUGGUCUUGAUGAGACAACCAUUCAGUCAUACCAAAAAAUUGUUGUUGAUGAACGGGGGCAACUUGUUUCGGUUUGUAAGGGCGAAUCGAGUUGCUCGAUAUGCCUAGCGGAGUACAUUGCCGGAGAGAUAGCAAGGUGUAUGCCGGGGUGUCAACAUUGCUUCCAUAUUGAUUGUGUUGAUAAGUGGUUGAAGAUGAAUACUACUUGUCCUGUUUGCAGAAAGUGCCUUCUCUUCUCCAAAUUGCAUGAUAAGGUCGUGCCUAAUUUGUAGCUCGAUCGACGCACAUAAAGAUUUUCUUUUAUUACAAAUCAUGUUCAUCUAUUGUCAUAAUUCAACUUAUAAAUUGGAUUGGUGAGAUUCGAAAGCUUUAAUAACUUUAUAUACUUCACAAAUUGUUGAUAAUUUUCUAGUAGAAUUGUUUUAAUCGUAGGAUUAAUGUUUAUAGUAUAAAGUUUUGACCAA